AUCAGCGCUGUUUUAUAAGAAAACAAAAACUGUGUUUGAACAGUUUUAUUGUGUGUUACAUGUGUUUAUAAAUAUACAUAUGCAUUUGGAUCAGUAAAAAAGCACUAGGCUUUUUUUUGCAGAGGGUGGAUUGUUUGGUUUGUUUAUCAAGAAGAGAGGCGUGAAAAAUACACACAUAUCACAUAAAGCUACAAUAAUAACCUCCAUCUGCAUUCGCUUUAAUGCGGACUUCAAACGCGUCAAUUUUGUAGUUUUUAACACAUUUUACCUGCGGGGUUGAAUGGACGUAUUUAGUAUAAUACGAUUUGCGUAAUAUUCAAUUUCAAUAAAAGGUGAUAUUUUGUAUUUACUUGUAUUUUUUCCGCUCGUCAUAUCGGUUCGGUGCCUUGUGUGUGUUAGAUAAAUUUUCUUAAUAUUUUUCCACCUUUAUUUUCUGUUUACUAUUAUGAUUUAUCAUCAUCAUCAUCAUUAUUAUGUUCACUCCGCCCAUUUCUAUUCACUAGCGUGUGUGUGUUAGCUUAGCCGCUUAGCCGCUAACGAGGCGCUUGUGCUGGUAGCGUUUAGCUAGCCUCCGCAAGAUGGCGGCGUACACAUCUUCAUCGCGCUUUUCUUUUUCUCCUAAAGACAUUUAACCCAAAAACAGAUUUGAGAAAAAAUGCUCAGGCGCCCAUCUGCAUGUGUCGCUGUGUAUCUUGAGUCACUCUCCUCCGUUUAGCCGGUAACUAGCGUCCGCUCAGCCGCCGGCGUCUUGUCUAUUUAUCUUCUCGUGAUGAAAAGCGUCUUUUGCCGCUAAAAUGGUGGUUCGCGCAGAUUUGAGCGGCUAGCAUGCUAACCGGCCGACAUAUUUUUUUUUCAUACGCUAUACAUUUGAUUUCCGACGCGCAUAAUCGCUAAUAUUUAAUAUAACUGAGUGAGUGUUUUAGUAUAUUUUGGAGAGCAUUUGGCCAAAAAAAUAAAUAAAUAAAAAUAAAACCGCGUGGAAGUCGAAUCCUUUUCACUGACCUAGUUAGCUUGCGAAGCUACAGAGUACUAGCGGGCUAAUCCAGUUAGCACACAGCGCUUUUGACACACGAAUGCUGUUGGAAUCCCAACUGAAAUCAACGCUGUGCGUGGGGUUUGUGUCUCGCUAGAGAAGUGGACAUGGCUUCUUCGGGGACCUCGGUUCUGCAGCCGCGCUGGAAGAGGGUUUUGGGCUGGUCUGGCCCGGUCCCUCGCCCGAGACACGGACACCGAGCUGUGGCCAUUAAGGAGCUGAUGGUGGUGUUCGGCGGAGGGAAUGAAGGCAUUGUGGACGAGCUGCACGUCUAUAACACAGCCACCAAUCAGUGGUUUAUUCCUGCUGUCCGGGGUGACAUUCCUCCCGGCUGUGCUGCAUAUGGAUUUGUGUGCGACGGCACCAGACUCCUUGUGUUCGGGGGCAUGGUUGAGUAUGGAAAGUAUAGCAACGAUCUUUAUGAACUACAGGCCAGUAGAUGGGAGUGGAAACGUUUGAAGCCCAAAGCCCCCAAGAAUGGCCCACCACCAUGUCCUCGACUGGGCCACAGCUUUUCCCUGGUUGGAAACAAAUGUUAUUUGUUUGGUGGACUGGCAAAUGACAGUGAAGAUCCCAAAAACAAUAUUCCCAGAUACCUGAAUGACCUCUACACACUCGAGCUUCGCCCGGGGUCUAACGUAGCAGGCUGGGACAUCCCCAUUACAUACGGUGUGCUUCCCCCUCCUCGGGAGAGCCACACUGCUGUUGUCUACACGGAGAAAACGUCCAAAAAGUCUCGUCUCAUCAUCUAUGGCGGCAUGAGUGGUUGCCGUCUUGGGGACCUCUGGACUUUGGACAUAGAUACUUUAACCUGGAACAAACCUGCCAUAAGCGGUGCGCCGGCACCUUUGCCCCGCAGUCUCCACUCUGCCACCACUAUAACCAACAAGAUGUUUGUGUUUGGUGGAUGGGUUCCUCUGGUCAUGGAUGAUGUCAAAGUAGCGACACACGAGAAGGAAUGGAAGUGCACUAACACACUGGCUUGCUUGAAUCUAGACUCAAUGUCUUGGGAAAACAUCUUGAUGGACACGCUCGAGGAUAAUAUCCCUAGGGCCAGAGCCGGACACUGCACUGUGGCUAUAAACAAUAGGCUGUACGUCUGGAGUGGAAGAGACGGCUACCGCAAAGCCUGGAACAACCAAGUUUGCUGCAAAGAUCUGUGGUAUUUGGAAACAGAUCGUCCUCAGCCUCCGUCACGUGUGCAGCUGGUCCGUGCCAACACCAACUCUCUGGAGGUGAGCUGGGGGGCGGUGCCUACUGCUGACACUUACCUGCUGCAGCUGCAGAAAUAUGACAUCCCUGCUGCAACAGCUGCCACAUCGCCAACGGUCAACCCAACCCCGUCUUUACCCAUCAACUCGCCUAAGAGUCCGGCGCCCGCCGCUGCUGCUCCUGCAGCUCAGAGUCUGCCCCUCUCUGGGGUCACAAUGGUGCCACAAGUUCCUUCCCCCACCGCCGCCAUGCCAUGCAGCCCGCUUGCAGCCUCACCACGUGGACCAGCUAUUCUUAAAGUGGCAGCGCCUCAUUCCACCCCCGGGACGUCAGUCGUUACUGUGCGUCAGGCCACUCCAGGAGGAAAAUCCCCAGUUACGGUUACAUCACUUCCUGCAGGUGUCCGCAUGGUUGUCCCUGCACAGAGCGCCCAGGGGACGCCAAUCGGCAGCAGUCCUCAGAUGAGUGGCAUGGCUGCUUUGGCUGCAGCUGCAGCUGCCACACAGAAGAUCCCGCCCUCUUCCACAACCACUGUGCUAAAUGUUCCAGCCGGAGCCACCAUCAUGAAAACCGUCGCUGUGACUCCUGGAUCCACAGCUCUGCCAGCUACUGUCAAAGUAGCUUCACCUGUAAUGGUUACUAAUCCCGCGACCCGAAUGCUGAAAACGGCUGCAGCUCAGGUCGGCACUUCCGCCAUCUCUACUCCUAACACUCCGAAUCGGCCGAUCAUCACUGUGCACAAAUCAGGCACAGUAACCGUAGCCCAGCAGGCUCAGGUCGUCACCACCAUGGUCGGAGGAGUCACCAAAACUAUAACCCUUGUUAAGAGCCCCAUUACAAUGGGUGGUAGCGGUUCUCUGAUCUCCAGCCUUGGGAAGAUGAUGUCUGUUGUCCAGACCAAACCAGUACAAACCUCUGCGAUCACCGGGCAGGCUGGAGGCAGUCCUGUUACUCUAAUACAAACAAAAACUCCUCUGCCUGCUGGUACCAUCCUGAAACUGGUCACAUCUGCUGAUGGCAAGCCCACCACAAUCAUUACAACUUCACAGGCAGGAGGGCCUGGCAACAAACCCACUAUCCUGGGAUACAGCACAGUCUCUCCAACUACCGCCAACAAACCAGGAACCACCAUUAUUAAAACCAUUCCCAUGUCUGCUAUCCAACAAGGAGCAACAGGUCUGACUAGCAGCCCUGGCGUCAAGUCCCCCAUCACAAUUAUCACCACUAAGGUUGUUACUCCUGGCACAGGUACUCCAGGGAAAAUCAUAACAGCUGUGCCAAAACUGACAGGUGCAGGACAACAGGGGGUCACACAGGUGGUCCUGAAGGGGGCGCCAGGGCAGCCUGGCACUAUCCUGCGCACUGUGCCUAUGGGUGGAGUGCGUCUGGUUUCACCAGGCACUGUGUCCGCUGGCAAACCAACUGUUACCACAUUGGUUGUCAAGGGCACCACGGGAGUCACAACUCUGGGUACAGUAAGUGGUACUGUAUCAACUAGUGUGGCAGGGGCCAAUGUGGCAAGCGCUAACGCCAGCCUGGUGACUCCAGUCACCACACUUGGCUCCAUCGCCACAUUGUCCAGCCAGGUGAUCAGUCCCACGGCCAUCACUGUAUCUGCUGCCCAGAACAAGCUCGCCACCGCUACAAUACAAUCGGCAGCCCAGCCUACUCAAGUAACCCUGAUCACGACUCCAAGCGGUGCUGAGGCCCAGCCUGCACAGGAUCUUCCUGUCUCCAUCCUGGCCUCUCCCACCUCAGAGCAGACCUCCACCACUGGUGCUGAUGCUGGUGACGGCGCUGGCGAUGGUGCUACCACCGUGACACUGGUCUGCUCCAACCCUCCGUGUGAGACACAUGAGACUGGAACGACCAACACGGCGACAACAGCUUCGGCCAAAAUGGGCAAUGAACAGAUUUGUUCCAACCCACCCUGUGAGAUGCACGUGACAGGCACCACCAACACAGCAACUACAGCCUCUGCGAACAUGGGCGGAGCACAGCAGGUGUGCUCCAACACACCCUCAGAAACCCAUGACACGGGCACCACCAACACAGCCACCACUGCCAGCAGCGACAUGGGAUCUAAAGAGAUGGGAACUGUGAACAGCAAGACGACGUCAUCUUCGCCAGCUACGUCUUCAGCUUCUGGUUCAGAACCAGCAACACCCGUCUCAGAGAGCAGUGCUGGACCGGGCACCAUGCGGCCGGAGAAUCCGCGCACGGGGACCACCAACACCUCCACUACCGCUCGUUCCAACAUGGGCUCCGACCAGACGGGCACGGUGCAGAGCUCCAACAAGAGCCAGGCCGGCAUUUCUUCUACAGUGAUGCCUGUUUGCUCCAACUCUCCCAGCGAAACGAACGAGGAGGGCACCGCAAACACUUCACCUGUGUCUGGUGACGUCCAGCAGGUCUGCUCAACUCCUCACUGUGAGACACACGAGACGGGCACGACCAAUACGGCUACGCAGUCGAGCUCUAGUAUGGGCAGUGGGCAAACCGAUGUUGUGCAGAGGGUGUGUUCCAAUCCGCCCUGUGAAACUCAUGAAACGGGCACCACCAACACAUCAACCCAAGCCUCAUCUUCUAUUGGUGCUGGACAGGAUGACGCUGUGCAGAAGGUGUGUUCCAAUCCGCCCUGUGAAACUCAUGAAACGGGCACAACCAACACACCAACCCAGGCCUCAUCUUCUAUUGGUGCUGGACAGAAUAGCACAGUGCAGAGGGUAUGCUCCAAUCCGCCCUGUGAAACUCAUGAAACGGGCACAACCAACACGCCGACUCAGGCCUCAUCUUCUGUUGGUGCUGGACAGAAUAGCACAGUGCAGAGGGUAUGCUCCAAUCCGCCCUGUGAAACUCAUGAAACGGGCACAACCAACACAUCAACCCAACCGACUCAGUCUAUUGGUGCUGGACAGGAUGACGCUGUGCAGAGGGUAUGCUCCAAUCCGCGUGAAACUCAUGAAACGGGCACAACCAACACGCCGACUCAGGCCUCAUCUUCUAUUGGUGCUGGACAGGAUGACGCUGUGCAGAGGGUAUGCUCCAAUCCUCCCUGUGAAACCCACGAGACCGGCACCACCAACACAGCCACGACAGCAACAAGCAGCUUAGAAACUGGAGACGUAACAGCCCAGCAGGCUGGUGAUGGACAGAGUGACAGUGGCACCAGCUCAGAACCCUCGUCAUCUACAGAACCAGCCAAUGCAACAACACAAAGCAGAGCCAUCACAACCGUAACACAGGCCACGCCCACUCCAGGACCAUCAGUACCGGAGAUUUCAUCCAUGGCUGGAUCUGCGGUAGUGGCUGAGGUCCCAGGAGAGGCCGAGGCCAUGGAGCAGACCAGCGCUGAGGCUGUGGCAGCGGGAGAAGAGCCCAUGCAGACCGAGUGUCAGGGAGAGCUGGGUGAAGAGGGAGCCGUUAGGGUUGUUGCCAUAGAUGAAAGUGCAGCCGGUGAGGAGGGCACCAUGCUACAGGUUCAUGUCGCCAUGGAAGCACAGCCAGGUCAAGGAGAUCAGGCUGAGCAGAUGGAGGCCGGUGUGGAGGGUGCAGAAGCGAUGAGUCUCGCCGCUCAGAACUCAGAAGCCCUCGCACUGCCCCAGGAGCUGAUGUCUGCAGAAGGACAGCAAACCACCCUCAUGGUGACCGGACUGACUCCAGAGGAGCUGGCUGUGACUGCAGCGGCUGAGGCUGCAGCACAGGCUGCGGCUACAGAAGAAGCGCAGGCCCUUGCCAUCCAGGCUGUCCUACAGGCGGCUCAGCAGGCUGUGCUCAGUGAGGGAGACGCAGGUCACGAUGGGCAGCAGUCCACCACCAUCCCUAUAGUUUUGACUCCGCAGGAGCUCGCUGCUCUGGUUCAGCAACAGCAUCAGCUCCAGGAGGCGCAGGCAGCCGCAGCCCAGCAGUUAAGCGCUGCAGCAGCCGCAGCUGCACUGCCCACCGAAGGCUUGGCACCAGCAGACAGUCUCAAUGACCCGGCGUCUGAGAGCAACGGCCACGAGAUGACAACUGCUGUUGCGGGAGCUGUGGCCCGUCUCCUUCCACGUACUUCUGCAGAGACUCUAGCCCCAUCUAGUACUUUUGCACCAUCUCAGCCGAUGAUGGUCGCCAGUCCAGCCAAGAUGCAAGCGGCCACUGCUUUAGCUGAGGUGGCCAAUGGGAUUGAAUCAGCAGCUGGGAAGCAAGAAGCUCCUCCGGCAGUUGUAAAGCCACCAGUGAAGAAAGAGAAUCAGUGGUUUGACGUUGGAAUCGUGAAGGUCACAAACAUGGUUGUCACGCACUAUUAUGUGCCAGCAGAUGAUUCAGCGGUUACUGAUGAUGAUUCUGGCGCAAUCCCUGUAGAGCUUUAUGAAGGAGAUGGGUAUUUGUUUCGUGUGGCCGGUAUCAACGCGUGCGGCCGCGGGACGUUCUCUGAGGUCUCUGCGUUUAAGACCUGCUUACCUGGCUUCCCUGGAGCCCCGUGUGCCAUCAAAAUCAGCAAGAGCCCCGAUGGUGCCCACCUGACCUGGGAGCCUCCUUCAGUGACGUCGGGGAAGAUCAUUGAGUAUUCGGUGUAUCUGGCCAUCCAGAGCUCACAAACUGUCGAGGCUAAAGCGUCCGCUCCGGCUCAGCUUGCCUUUAUGCGGGUGUACUGUGGGCCCAACCCAUCCUGCCUAGUGCAGUCGUCUAGUCUCUCCAACGCCCACAUCGACUACACCACCAAACCCGCCAUCAUCUUCCGCAUCGCCGCACGCAACGAGAAGGGCUACGGCCCUGCAACGCAAGUCAGGUGGCUACAAGAAACCAGUAAAGAUGGCUCUGCGGCCAAACCUGCAGCAAAGAGACCGGUCUCGUCACCUGAUAUGAAAGGCGCUGGUCCAAAGAAGGCCAGAUCUGACCAGUGAGAGCUCACCGUGACCCUUGACCCCGCCCUGUUUAUGAGCUGAACCAUGACUGAACUCCACCUCCUGCUUCCACUUCUCUCCCCAUUCCAUCCUCUGCAAUGAACCAGAAGGAAACUGCAGCCAAAAAUAGGAAAACGUUCAAAAAAAAAAAAAAAAAAAGGAAAACCUUUCCGUUUCCAUUUUUGAGAAAUCCGCUCCCAUCACUGCACAUGUUGGUGCCAUGGACGCCUAAUUUCCAACUGCAUUUUUAAAAAAAAACAUUAAUGUUCCUCCUCAGAAGCACAUACAUUUGCUUUUCCUGACAAUUCUGUGUAAAGAGAUCCUGAAAGCAGCAUUCAGUCUAGUUAUAACUGUAUUAUCAGAUACUCAUUCUUUGUUUUCCUCCCUUGAUAUUCAUUUAUUUUUAAGCUUAUUUCAAUACAAGCAAUAUUUAACAAACAUAACUUUGCUCUCUUGUCAGUUUGUUGAUGUUUUCAUUAUUUGGGCAAGUCUGUAUAUUUCAAGCGCGUGCUGAAAGGAGACGGAGAUACAGAGGAGGGAGUGCGGACGGCGAAACAAAGCGGGGGAAACGCAUCGAAAUCAAAUUAAAACGGACAGCACUUGGUGAUGCUUGUGAGGGAAGAGACUCUGUAAUUAUUCAUUCACUUCGAGUUCAGUAGUCUGUUUUGCAUCACUGUGUGUUCAUACAUUUGCUGUGAGGGACAAUUGAGGACCGCGACGCUGAAGACGAAAAGGACUUCGAUUCAUGUAGAUGAAAAGCAUACUACUUUUGCAUCGCAUCAACUAGAUCUUGUACAAAGAGAGAGAAAAUCCCAAAAAUAGUAAAUGGUGAUACAGGAGUUCUUUGUGUGUGGUUUAUUUUUGUAAUUUUUUUUUUAAUUUUUAAAUAAGCAAAGGUCUUUCCUUCUCAUGUAUUUGUGCUUCAGGGCGCAGUUUUAAACCUCGCACCUCUCUUCCAGAUGUUAACUGCUCAUCCUGUAGUCUCUAUGCUUGUGGAUUUGACAUGCGGGCCACAGUGUUUCCCGUGUUCAUGAAUGAUUUCACCUUUAUUUUGGGAAUUGUAGUGUAAAAUGUAUGUAUUUGUUCUAAACAAUGACCCACUUUUCAGGCUUUCUCCACCCUUUUCGCACCCAACUUUUUACUUUCUGGCAUUAAUUGAAGCCUACUGCAGAAAAACAUGCUUUUAUUUGUAUUUCCCUCUUGUGAUUAGUCUAUAGUUCCUGUAUAUUUUCUCAUGUUUCUUUUAUACGCUUGGUUUUGUGAGUUGAUAGAUAUGAGUUGGGAUUCUUCUCAAGCUGUGCUGCAAAAGUUUGACCCAUUUUCAUUCUCUGCUUCGGACCGUUUGGACUUGUUUAGGGAUGCAGGCCUGUGUAAAUGCUAAAUUGCUGGAACGUAAGGAGAGGUUUUGAUUGGCAAGUUGGAAACGGUUCGUUCCUGUUUCUAGUGGUUGGGAAAUUUUGCAGAUGGAUUGUUGGCUUAGCCAGAGUUUGAACUCAGUUGUAAAUUAGUUCUUUCACGUAGCAAGACGUAAAAAAAAAAAAAAAAAAAAAAAAAACUCUUUGCCUUUUUUAUAUAAUUAUCUGUAACAAAAUGUUUUUACAUGUUGUCAUCUAUUGAUUGCUUUUGUGUCUUGACAUAAAAGUAAUGAAAUUCUG